AUGUCGACGAUCACGGAGAUCACCAGCCUUGCCGACUGGGAGAAGCAUAUUGCCUCCACCCCGCCUUCCACCCUCCACAUCAUCUCCUUCCAUGCACCAUGGGCCGCCCCAUGCGCCCAGAUGGCUACCGUCCUCUCGACCCUUGCCUCCGAAUACCCCGUCACCAGCCCCCCGCAGACAUCCUGGGUUUCCAUAAACGCCGAAGAGCUCAGCGACAUUAGCGAGACAUACAACGUCACCGCCGUCCCCUUCCUCGUUCUCCUGCGCAACGGCCAAGUCCUUGAGACCGUCAGCGGUAGCAGCGCUGUCAAGGUCCGCAAUGCGAUCGAGACACACGCCAAGAAGCCCGCCGGCGCGGCUGCCACAGUAAAUGGCAACCAGGGCGUCGAGAACGGUCCCAGCGCGAUGCAGGUUGACGAGCCCGUCGACCCGGCCAAGGCCAAGGAGGAGUUGUUCAAGCGCCUGGCCGACCUUGUCAAGGCUGCGCCCGUCAUGCUCUUCAUGAAGGGUACCCCCAGCUCACCUCAGUGCGGCUUUUCAAGACAGCUUGUUGCCAUCUUGAGAGAGCACUCGGUCAAGUACGGGUUCUUCAACAUUUUGGCAGACGAUGAGGUACGACAGGGCCUGAAGGAGUAUGCCGAGUGGCCGACCUACCCUCAGCUCUGGGUUGAUGGUGAGCUGGUUGGUGGCCUUGAUAUUGUCAAGGAAGAACUCUCCAACGAUCCCGAGUUCUUCGGCCCGUACAGCAUCAAGGCCAGUGCUGAGGCCGCUGCCUAA